CCCUCAUCUUCUACCACCUCCCUGCUACCUCUCAGUCUCACUUGUUAAGAAGAACUUGUUUCACUCUUCUCAUUUCACUUGCUUUCUGGGAGCUGUCAUGACUAGAAUGAUGAGGAGUCUUCUAUGUCUCGGUGUGAUAGGCGUGUGUCUGGCUCAGCAACAGACUUACCUGGCGCCUACUAAUGGCUUCAAUGGUAACGGUGGCAUUGCUAAUGGAAAUGGCAAUGGUAAUGGUAAUGGCGUAAAUGGUAAUGGUGUUUACACUAAUGGCAAUGGUAACGGAGUAAACGGAAAUGGUAAUGCUGUAAAUGGAAAUGGCAAUGGAGUAAAUGGAAAUGGUGCAUAUACUAAUGGAAUUGGUAAUGGUGUAAAUGGAAAUGGUAAUGGUGUAAAUGGAAAUGGUGCAUAUACUAAUGGAAAUGGUAAUGGUGUAAAUGGAAAUGGUAAUGGAUUCGUCAAUGGCAACGGUGCUGUUAACGGGAACGGAUACGCCAAUGGAAAUGGUAAUGGUGUAGUCAACGGCAACGGUGCUGUUAACGGGAACGGAUACGCCAAUGGAAAUGGUAACGGAUUUGUCAACGGCAACGGCGCUGUUAACGGAAACGGGUACUACAACGGCAUCGUGGACCCUAUCAGCGCCCUUGCUGAUGCUAUUGGAGGUGGCGGCGUCCCCGGCGUGGACUAUCCCAUCCUGGCUUCUGUCCCCUUCACUGGAUUCUCCUGCGGCGGACUAAUACCCGGAUACUACGCUGACACUGCCCCCGAGGCCGGCUGUCAGGUGUUCCACAUCUGUCAAGCAGAUGGCAGGAGCGACUCCUUCCUGUGUCCCAACGGCACCAUCUUCAACCAGCAGUACUUCGUGUGCGACUGGUGGUACAACUUCGACUGUUCCACCGCCUCACAGUUCUACGACCUCAAUGCUUUGAUCGGAGUGGUCAACGGUAAUGGCAACGGGUACACUUAUGGUGUAAACGGUGUUAACGGUGCUUCCAACGGUAAUGGGAAUGGCUAUACCAAUGGUAAUGGCAACGGGCUCACCAAUGGUAAUGGUAACGGCCUCACCAAUGGUAAUGGUAAUGGCAAUGGAUAUACCAAUGGCAAAGGUAAUGGAAAUGGCCUCACCAAUGGUAAUGGCAACGGCCUCACCAAUGGUAAUGGCUAUACCAAUGGUAAUGGUAACGGCCUCGCCAAUGGUAAUGGCUAUACCAAUGGUAAUGGUAACGGCCUCGCCAAUGGUAAUGGAAACGGCCUUACCAAUGGCAAUGGCUACACCAAUGGUAAUGGCAAUGGCAUCACCAAUGGUAAUGGCAACGGCCUCGCCAAUGGUAAUGGCAACGGCUUUACCAAUGGCAAUGGCCUCACCAAUGGUAAUGGCAACGGUCUCACCAAUGGAAAUGGCUAUACCAAUGGUAAUGGCAAUGGCUAUACCAAUGGUAAUGGCAAUGGUAUCAUCAAUGGUAAUGGUAAUGGCAUCACCAAUGGUAAUGGUAAUGGGUCUUCUCCUAAUGGACUGUACCAAACGCCCACCUUGUAAUCGUCACACCUUAACCUGGUCGUCGUCUCUUUAAGUUACACAGAACUGUAAUGUGUUGACCUUCACCUGCUGUCUGACUCAACAGGUGUGAAGUGAGUCUCAACAGGUAGAGGUGAUCAAGGCCGCAGUACUUGUAAUAACUUUUCCUGUUGUCACCCUCACUGACUCACCUGUUGCUCUGUUUAAUAGUAAUUUGGCUUCUCUUUGAUCUCACAACUUUAUUUAUUCUUUCUCACACCAACAAACUUUAUGCAUAAUAAUGUAAGAGAAAUAACUGGGAUGUUUGUUUACAAUGAUGGUAAACAUUAGCCAAUUACCUGCCUUGUGUUACUGUUGUCUCUGUCUCAAACAUUUUAGUUUUCUUUUAACUUAACAUUUCUGUCAACAUCAGUUUCUUGUUCAUAUUCUUCAGUCAUUCUCAUGUGCCGGAAAACCUCUUAUAUGGCUACAGUUCUCUAAUACUUCUGUUUCCUAUUGAAUCAACUAUUAACUAUUAUUAUAUUAUUUCUUCUUGUGUUUGUCUAUUGACUUUACAGUUACUGAUGUUAAUUUGACGAUACAAAUUGGUUGUAUUUUAACUAGAGUUUUGGUAACUUCCAAUUUGUAACGACUUCUGCCUUAUAUGUUAAUCAGUUCUGUGGUAAAUUAUUCUUACUUCCUUAUUUUCUUAUAGUAUUUGAUAUAGUGAUAACUCUCGUGCCAUAUGCCUUCCCUAUAAGGCAAUAAACCUGAUGUUAACUUAUUCAAUUUGUAAAUGGUAAUAUAUAUGGAUGUAUAUAUUAAAGGUACUUGCAUUA